UUAUUUCAAAUCAGCGCGUCCACCAAAUUUUUAAAAAUGAAGAAGUUUCUAAGUAAAUUGAGAGUUUCCUGUUUUUAUAAAGCAAAUAAUAAAAAGUUUUGUCCCUUUUUACUUUCUUACACAUCCAAUUAUUCUACAGCAUCAAAUUUGAAAUCUCAACAGCAAAUUCAACGGACUCCAUCUUCAGUACCUGCAGGAACAAUUCUCAAAGGAUUAAAUUUUUAUAAAGAUGGUGCGGACCCUAUAGCCUUACCCGAUGACGAGUACCCUAAUUGGUUAUGGGAAAUACUAGAUAAAGAAAAAGAUGAACAACUUCGUAGUAAUGAGCAUUCAAGAUAUCAUCAUAAAGAAAAAAGGAAACAAUUAAUCAAAAAUAAUAAUUUUGAUAGAAACAAAAGGAAAUAAUUGUUUUUGAAUGUCAUAUUUUCUUUUAAUGCUAUUAAUAAUCUAUUUUUGUCAUGCUGAAAUUAUUUACAUUUAUGACAA